AUGUCGGUGCGCAGUGCAGUGAACCGGGCACAGAAAAAGGCUCGUGGGGCGCCGCCUAUGUUGCCUGGAGGUAUGAUGCCGCAGAUGUUUGGCGGUCCUAUGAUGCCCCAGAUGUAUGGUGGGAUGAUGCCUCAGCAGAUGUUCCACCCACCUCAGUCUCAGGUGGGGGAAGGUGACACCUACACGUCAGAAGAUGAGCAUGAGCAGGUGUCGUCGUCUACUGUCCCGCCCAAGGCUGCAGGCAUUCCUUUGCAGCAGGAGUCGUCUGCUGUAACAGCAGUGGCAGAGCUGCAAGAGGAUGGUGUCCAGCGCCACCAGCGUCUACCAGAUGCCUUAAUUUCCCGCUCAGUGACGUAUGUCAAGCAACUUCCUCGCAAUAGGGUCUCAGAGACCUUAGAGGCAGUGGAUGGGCAACUGGACGCUUCGUUCACCUCAGAACUUAGCUCUGAUGGUUGUCUCAUUGUCCUGUGGCUUUACUGCAGGGUCAAACCUUGUGUGAAGAUCUCAGACCUGCGCAUCACCAAGUACUCGGAGUUCACCAGCAGAAUGAGUAGCUCCCACAGACGCAUUUUGCAGAAUGUGAGCCAAGACGUCUUCAAUAGUCAGGUUGUCAACAAGUUCAGCCUGGUGUUGACGGAUGAGAACAUCCGAGCCAAUGCCUGUGACUUGGGAUGGCAGGAUGAAUGGCUGAUCACCAACAGGCGCCGGCCCAAAGCACCACCGCCAAAGAGUGGCGACCUGACUCAGAUGUUU